GAAAAGCCAAUUUAUAGUACAAAUCCGGUCCAAAAAUUCGAUCAGAAAACCGGGCGAUUCGAGUUAAAAGAACCGGACCGGUGUCGACCACUUUAUUUUGCCCUUAGGGCUUCUUUCUCUUCGAUUGUUGAAGGAUAGUAAUUCCAGCUUCCACGGCGGAUAUCGAAUCUAAUUGGGUUGCAACAAAGAGGAGAAGGAUAUACUUGUUUUGGGGGGAGCGCGCGCUCAGAUGCAGAGACUAGGGAACUUUAAGCUGCCUCAGUUCUUCAAUUUCCCACCUUUCUUCACUUUGCAGCCAGUGAAGGAAACACGUGAGAAGCAAGUGCAAGUAUGGAAGCAGCUGCUACUUGAUUACUGCAGAAGUCAAAAGAUUUUUGUGAUAGGAUUGGAAGAAGAUUUCCCUCUGUUUUCCAAUCCAGUCAUUGAAAGAUCUUUAAGCCAUGAGGCAAGGGAGGUAUUUCUUUCUGCUCUGAUAAGUGAAGGUCAUGCCGAAUGGAUGGAUAAAGAUCAUAGGAAAUGUCUGAUGCUUUGGUUAAGACUCCAGGAGUGGGCUGAUUAUAUUUUAAACUUUGUGAAAGACAAUGGAUUGCAGGAUGGUGUCAUGACCAUUGAAGAAAUGCGAUCAGGAACUGAAACACACGGUACUGAGCUUGCUGGGAUAGAUCGGGGUUUGCUUCUGCGUGUUCUGAGAUUACUGGAGCAGAAAGGGAAAGCUACAAUAUUCAAAGGGACUUCAGCAGAUGAUGAUGGAGUAAAAUUUUCUGUCUAAUUGGGACACUGUUUUCCAAGCCACCUGUUGAUUGUUUCCAUACGGUGCUGGAACUCUGAUUCUUAUUGUGAUCAUCCUUGCUUUCUUUAUGGUAUACGUUUUACCUUUUCAGGCUUAAACGAACAUUUAUUUGCUGCAGAUACAUCUCUGUUUAUUUGAAUGGGAUCAAGAUGUAAAUCAAGCUUUUCAGAUGUAUGUAUUACUUGGAAAAUUUAA